UGUGCAGUUGCCUCCUGCUUCAGAGCUACCUGAUCCGAAUACUAAGCUGAGCGAGUGCCGGGCUGAGUGUAAGACACCGAAGACACCGCAGAGCAAGGUGCUUUUACCAGAGGUGUUACAGAACAUGGAUAUUAAAGACCAGGGAGCCCAAAUGGAGCCGCUGCUGCCUACGAGAAAUGAUGAAGAAGCAGUUGUGGAUAGAGGUGGAACACGUUCUAUUCUCAAAACACAUUUUGAGAAAGAAGAUUUAGAAGGUCAUCGAACAUUAUUUAUUGGAGUUCAUGUGCCCCUGGGUGGAAGAAAAAGUCACCGUCGUCACAGGCAUCGUGGUCAUAAGCACAGGAAGAGGGACAGAGAGAGAGAUUCAGGACUAGAGGACGGACGAGAGUCACCUUCUUUCGAUACCCCAUCACAGCGGGUGCAGUUUAUUCUUGGAACUGAGGACGAUGACGAGGAGCACAUUCCCCAUGACCUUUUCACAGAACUGGAUGAGAUUUGCUGGCGUGAAGGGGAAGAUGCCGAAUGGAGAGAGACAGCCAGGUGGUUAAAGUUUGAAGAAGAUGUGGAGGAUGGAGGAGAGCGGUGGAGCAAGCCCUAUGUGGCCACACUUUCCUUGCACAGCUUGUUUGAGCUGAGAAGCUGUGUUCUGAAUGGAACUGUGCUACUGGACAUGCAUGCCAAUACUUUAGAAGAAAUUGCAGAUAUGGUCCUUGACCAACAGGUCAGCUCAGGUCAACUGAAUGAAGAUGUACGCCACAGAGUCCAUGAAGCCCUGAUGAAACAGCAUCAUCACCAGAACCAGAAAAAACUCACCAACAGGAUUCCUAUUGUCCGAUCUUUUGCUGACAUUGGCAAGAAACAAUCAGAACCAAACUCUAUGGAUAAAAAUGCAGGUCAGGUUGUUUCUCCUCAGUCUGCUCCAGCCUGUGCUGAGAAUAGAAAUGACGUGAGCAGGGAAAACAGCACUGUUGACUUCAGCAAGGUUGAUCUGCAUUUUAUGAAGAAGAUUCCUCCGGGUGCUGAGGCUUCAAACAUCUUGGUGGGAGAGCUGGAGUUCCUGGACAGAACUGUCGUCGCCUUCGUCAGGUUGUCUCCGGCUGUCCUGCUCCAAGGCCUGGCUGAAGUUCCAAUCCCAAGCAGAUUUCUGUUCAUUCUUCUGGGACCCCUUGGAAAGGGUCAACAAUACCAUGAGAUCGGCAGAUCAAUUGCAACCUUAAUGACAGAUGAGGUUUUUCACGAUGUUGCUUACAAAGCUAAAGACCGCAAUGACUUGGUGUCAGGUAUCGAUGAGUUUCUGGACCAAGUCACAGUUCUCCCUCCUGGAGAAUGGGAUCCAAGUAUCCGGAUAGAACCUCCCAAAAAUGUUCCUUCCCAGGAGAAGAGGAAGAUUCCUGCUGUGCCGAAUGGAACAGCAGCUCAUGGAGAAGCUGAGCCCCACGGAGGACAUAGUGGACCUGAGCUCCAGCGAACCGGAAGGAUUUUUGGGGGACUUAUAUUAGAUAUCAAAAGAAAAGCUCCAUUCUUCUGGAGUGACUUCAGAGACGCUUUCAGCCUGCAGUGUUUAGCAUCUUUCCUGUUUCUCUACUGUGCGUGCAUGUCUCCGGUCAUCACGUUUGGAGGACUGUUGGGAGAAGCAACUGAAGGUCGUAUAAGUGCAAUCGAAUCCCUGUUUGGAGCAUCUAUGACCGGGAUAGCCUAUUCUCUUUUUGGUGGACAGCCCCUUACCAUAUUAGGCAGUACAGGACCUGUUUUGGUGUUUGAAAAGAUUUUGUUUAAAUUUUGCAAAGAAUACGGGCUAUCAUACUUGUCUUUACGAGCCAGCAUUGGGCUUUGGACUGCAACCCUGUGUAUCAUCCUGGUGGCCACUGAUGCGAGUUCCCUUGUCUGCUACAUCACUCGGUUUACUGAAGAAGCUUUUGCUUCUCUUAUUUGCAUCAUCUUUAUCUAUGAAGCCCUGGAGAAGUUGUUUGAACUUAGUGAAGCCUAUCCAAUCAAUAUGCACAAUGAUUUGGAACUGCUGACGCAGUACUCAUGUAACUGUAUGGAGCCACAUAGUCCCAGCAACGCUACACUGAAGGAAUGGAGGGAGUCCAAUAUUUCUGCCUCUGAUAUAAUUUGGGGGAACCUCAGCGUGUCCGAGUGCCGAUCACUGCACGGGGAGUAUGUUGGGCGAGCCUGUGGCCAUGGCCACCCCUACGUGCCAGAUGUUCUCUUUUGGUCGGUGAUCCUGUUCUUCUCCACAGUUACCAUGUCAGCCACCCUGAAGCAGUUCAAGACGAGCCGGUAUUUCCCAACCAAGGUUCGAUCCAUAGUGAGCGAUUUUGCAGUUUUUCUUACAAUUCUGUGUAUGGUUUUAAUUGACUAUGCCAUUGGGAUUCCAUCGCCAAAACUAAAAGUACCAAGUGUUUUCAAGCCUACAAGAGACGACCGUGGAUGGUUUGUUACCCCAUUAGGUCCAAACCCAUGGUGGACAAUUAUAGCUGCCAUUAUCCCAGCUUUGCUUUGUACAAUUCUGAUUUUCAUGGACCAACAGAUUACAGCUGUCAUCAUCAACAGAAAAGAGCACAAGCUGAAGAAAGGUUGUGGCUAUCACCUGGACCUGUUAAUGGUGGCUGUCAUGCUGGGCGUGUGCUCCAUUAUGGGCCUGCCAUGGUUCGUGGCUGCCACAGUCCUCUCCAUCACACAUGUCAACAGCCUGAAGCUGGAAUCCGAAUGCUCUGCUCCAGGAGAACAACCCAAAUUCCUCGGCAUCAGAGAACAGAGGGUGACUGGGCUCAUGAUUUUUAUUCUUAUGGGUUCAUCCGUUUUUAUGACCAGUAUUCUGAAGUUUAUCCCCAUGCCAGUGUUAUAUGGAGUGUUUCUCUACAUGGGUGCUUCAUCUCUAAAGGGAAUUCAGUUAUUUGAUAGAAUAAAGCUCUUCUGGAUGCCAGCCAAACAUCAACCAGAUUUUAUAUAUCUAAGGCAUGUACCACUUCGGAAAGUCCAUCUCUUCACAAUUAUUCAGAUGAGCUGUCUUGGUCUUCUGUGGAUAAUCAAAGUCUCAAGAGCUGCUAUUGUCUUUCCUAUGAUGGUGUUAGCCCUGGUAUUUGUGAGGAAGUUUAUGGACUUCUUGUUUACCAAACGGGAACUCAGCUGGCUUGAUGAUUUAAUGCCCGAGAGUAAGAAAAAGAAACUUGAAGAUGCUGAAAAAGAAGAAGAACAAAGUAUGCUAGCCAUGGAAGAUGAGGGUACAGUACAACUCCCACUGGAGGGACACUACAGAGAUGACCCGUCCGUGAUCAAUAUUUCUGAUGAAAUGUCAAAGACUGCCAUGUGGGGAAACCUUCUGGUUACUGCUGACAACUCAAAAGACAAGGAGUCACGCUUUCCUUCCAAAAGCUCCCCUUCCUAAUCACUCUAGAAGCUGAUUCCCCAAAGCACUGAAAGCCGAAAAGAGAAGAAAGCUGACUCAGGGAAAGGUGUUGACAGGGAGACUUGUCUAUGACUUGAUCUUCAAUUUAUUUUUUACAUAUAUAUAUGAGAAGAGUGUCACAAUUAUUAAUAAAACUGCUUUGAUCAUGUAUUGUAAA